AUGCCAUCGUUCUGGAACGUAGGCGCAAUCUCUUUCAGUCUUUUGGCAGGAAUCUGUCAGGCCAAUCUUCUUGGUGAUACUCACCUGCUCAAGAGGUAUCCUCAAGCCGUUGAGGUGCCACCAGCUGCUUCGAAUUUGCCCAGCACUAUUCUGCCCGGCAAUGGCAGUAUUGUUGGCACUUCUAUUCGAGUUCUUCUCCCGACUUCAACGCGUCAAUUAGUUGAAGCCACUACGCUUUACUCUCGAGAGAGCUCUAGCGUCGGGACUGAUACCGCUACAGAUAACAGCGUUGGUGAUGGAGCCUCUGAUCCUCCCAGUCAUCCAACUGGGAGUAUCUCUGUCUCAUCGUCCGAAGGCGGAAGUACUUCUGUCACUCCUGUUGUGGUCGACUGGACAGGUUUACUUCCCGUCACUCCUUCAGCCAUUCAGUCUUUUCGCGGAACUACAUAUGAGUCAUCUGUAGAGAACCCAGCUGCCACUGAGCCAUCCACUGGCACCACGAUUGAUCCUGAUAUACCCUUACGCGACGGUAGUGGUACGACCACUGAGCCAAGCACUACAGAGAUCUCACUUCGUCCGACAUCAAUGACUUUGUCGGGUACCUCCGGUACUUCAAGAGGUGAAGCCGAAUCUAAGAUACCUAGUACUGCUAUCGAGACGGAAACUUCCCAAGCGAAACCUCGCAAUAUUCCCAAGAUCUUACAGCUUCAUCGUUCACGACAAUACCGAUCGGAGGGUGAUCUGGAGACUACAGGCCAGCCUUCUAAACUCGUUACCUUAUCCGAUGAAACCUCUAAAACCUAUGAGAGUUUCCAAUCAGCAACAGAAUCUGAUGUUACCGGGUUGGAAAGUCUAACGACUCCGACAUACUCGACAGGCACCUCCCAGCCCACGACCACUCUCGAGCAACCAGGUCGAGGCACAAAGUCCGACCACAAGUCUUUAGUCAGUGAAAAGACGUCAGAAUCUCCACAACAACCGAUCACCACGGGUGGGACGGAUGAGACAGUGGCAACGUACGUCCCCGAGCAGAAUAAAGACUACAUCUCAUCAACCGGUAUGACCACCAUUACAGAUGAUAAUGGCGCCGCUAUUGUCAUCUUUCCUUUUGGGUGGUUUUGGAAGCUGGAUGGUGGUGAAGUUGGUGGUGGCAUAGUUAAUCUUCCUGCCCCAACUGCCAACCCUGUCCCGGAGAAUGAACCUGGGGACAAGAACGAAGGCAACGAUGACAAUGACGACGAUGAUGAAGCCUCAACCAAGGAGGACGACAGAUCUACAGCCCAAUCUACAGUACUGUCAACCACUCAAGAGCCAACCUCAGCCACCACCACAGCUACUACGGAGGAGACAACAACUUCAGAGGAAUGUACAGCUGCAACACAGCCAGAUUGUACAAGGACCGUUUCAUACAUGACUUCGGACGGAACCCAGAUCAUGACCGAAUUUGGCGACUGUCCAACAAUCUUCAGCUGUGCUACGAAGACACAGGCCACAGAGACCGUGACUUUAACAUCGGAGUUCGUUUGGGCUGGCGUCCCAAACACCAAUCCUGCCAUUGUCAUUCCAGAGGAUGCUUAUACCGCUGAUGUUGAUCCAGAGAUAGUCGCAAUUCUGGAAGCGCAAUGGGCGGAGAUCUUUGGUGAUGAUGAUGGUUGGAACGAUACUGAGACAGCAACUGUUUCUGGCUCAACAACGAUAGAGGAGUCAACCAUGACUAGUCUAACCGAUACAGAAGCAGUCUCUACCUUCACCUCUGAAGACUUUACGACUACUCACUCUUUCAGUUUGACUUCGAGUACAGAAGCAACUGCCACUUUCACAACAGCCUCUGAUACAUACUCAGUCACUACCGCCCCCAGCACCUUGAUGACCAAGACCAGAGGCACUAGCGGUACUACUGGCAUGCCAGCAUCUACCGAUGAAGAAGCGACUCGCACCUACUUGCCAUGUGUCAUCCACGGCGGCCCUGCAGUUGAGACGCCCUAUUGUCAGUGCUCAACGACCAUCAGUGGUGAGGGUUAUUACGCAACUACUAGCUUGGUUGACGACCAGUGCACCGCAUACACAGAAUUCCCAUCACAAAUUACUGCAGCGCCUGAAACUGGUCCCAUCACCGAUGAGCCUAUCCAGCAGCCCAUCACCACCACGGCAGACGGGACGGUCUUGGUCUGGUCAGCCUACGUGCUCGAUUACAUCAACAUCCCAGGUAUCGCAAAGAUCACCCAGUCAGUCGGCGUAGGUGAACCUUCAAUAGUGUCCACUCCGUUGCCGAGUCAGACGGCUGUAGAUAAUGAUGGUGGUGGACAAUGCGGUACUGGUGAUGGUCUGUCUAAGAAGGGUCUUCGUGAAGCUUGCGACAGAGCGAUCAAUAAGUUUGAGGAUGAUACUAUCUACAACGGCUAUGCUUCUCGCUAUAGCCGCUCGACCAAAGGUAUUCUUGUCGCAGCAUCCUUCGGCCAAGCGGCCUGCAUUGCCAAGUUCCAGUGCGACGAUUACGGUAUUGGCAUGAAAGGUUCUGACAUCAAAGAAGCGUAA